UCACGUGCACGGAACCCGAACAGCUUUCGUAAAAUGUCGCUAGCUAACGCUAGCAUGCAGCGUAAUUUUGCAGCAAGGAGGUGUUUUACUAAUGUGCUAAAUUCCAGAUUCAAUGUAUGACAUCGUUUAGAGUUGCCUUAAUGUAUUUUUAGUCGCUCGAUCCCCAUUUCAUAAACGCCUGAGCAACUCUGCGUUUGCUGAUGAUGAUGGAUGCUCUCCAGAUGCUUAUUGAUGAAGUUGCUUUGGAAGGUUUGGAUGGGAUAACAAUCCCUACGCUCUGGAUUCGUUUAGAAAACAGAAAUCCUAAAUUUCCUCCGAAGUUAGACCCUGCUACGAAGGAGUAUCUUUGGAAAGCGUUGGUGCGCGACCCUGAUAUUGAAUUCUACGCGUUACCAAAAGAGAGGGCUCAAAUUGUGUUAUUUGACCGAUUUGCAGAAAUCGACCCAGAGACAGGAAUCCAGGAGAUUCGAGGGACCACGCCUUCUGCAGACACGCGAGAGGACGUUUACCCUGUUCACGUAAUUCAGGAAAACAAAGACGGGGUCCAAGGAUCUUGUCUGUUUUUUAAAGAAAGGAAGAAUAUUACUAGUCUUAUAAGGACUGAAGACUUUAAAGCACACUACACACUUGAAGACGCUUUUAAUAAAUGGGGAGAAAAACUCGUUGUGGUCGCCUCUCAAAUCGUGCGUUACAGAGCUUUGAUUGGUCCUGAGGGCGAUCCUGGCUUGAAAUUGGCAGAUUCUUCAUACUGCAUCUUGGAACGACUUGGAAGAGCAAGAUGGCAGGGAGAACUUCAGAGGGAUCUGCACAGCAGAGCCUUCAAAAUGGAUGCAGGGAAAAUGCAUUACCUGAGGAAGUCUUUGGACAGGAAUGGCCUGAUCACGCUCCAGUCGCAUGUGAUCCGGCUGUCCACUGGUGGCCAGCAGCAUUCCAUCCUGCUUCUUCUGAAGAGGUUCCAUGUGGACAGGCGGAGCAAGUAUGAUAUCCUAAUGGAAAAAACCUCCAAUAUACUGGCAGCAAGUCCAGGAAACAUUGCCAUCAUGAUCAAGCUGCGAGAGCAACUGUGUGUGAGCGAGAGGACGUUCAAGCGUGUGUAUCAGUACAUGAUGGCUGCAAAACUGGUGCAGAUCAUGUGCGUUCCUCUGAAGGAGCUGAACCCAGAUGGAGGGCCAUGCAAGACCAAGAGAGGAACUGAUAUUAUGGUGAGAUGCCUCAAGCUUCUGAAAGAGUAUGGGAAGAAGGAGGAGGAUGACGAUGAUGAAAAUGAUGAAGAGGAUGGUGGCAGGAAGAUGCCUCAUGCGGACCGUCGGGUCAUGGAGAGAGACAUGCUGAUGCAGGCUUACGAAUUAAUUGUAUCCAGUGGAACAAAGGGGAUUUCCCAAUCUGCUCUUCGAGGGCGAAUGAACGUGGGAAAACUAGAAGGACGUAUGAUAUGUCGUCUUCUGGAGCGAAAUGACAUGAUCAAGGGCUUUAUGGAGGAUGAAGGGCGUCAGAGAACCACUAAGUACAUCAGCAAGGUCUAUGUGGAGCAGAGCGACCUGAACAGGCAGUUUGUUAGGGAGCAGGCUCGGAGCGAGAAGCUGAGGUCAGGCGCAGGGUCAGAGGCUGAGAUGUCCCUGUGCACAGAGGCUGUGUCAAGUGUGUGUCCUGGAGGUGAACGAGAGGAGGUGGAUGGAGAGAGAGAGGAGAAGGAGCAGCAGCCACCACCAAAAUGCAGCGCCUCUAAAAAACGCACAAAAAAUAUGAAGAAAAAUCCCAAGAACGGCAAACAAAGCAAGCAACCCCCGCUAAAGCAAAUCAAGGUGGACUUUACUGUCAAGCACUCCACGCCUAUUAAGAAAACAAUCCCGCCCUCUUUGAAAGUGCGUGGAGAUGAGAUCAAAGAAGCAAAGGUGAAGCUGACCAGGUGUGACAUAAGUGAGGUGCGGGGGGAGUCGGACCCAAGUCUGGAUGCCACCUCCAGUCAGACCACAAACCUCAGCAGCAAGAGCAGUAGCAAGAGCAGCAGCGACGGAGCUGAAAAUGAUGCCUGUGUGACAGUCAUAGAAGAAAUUGUCAUUCAGAAGCAGCCAUGCAGUGUUGCAGCAAAGAAAACUACCGGCUACGUUGAUGGGCCUCAUCAGACAUACAGGCUGCUGAAACGCAAGAACCUCAUCAUUGAAGCUGUCCGCAGCCUCAAAAUCAUUGACAGCUUGUACACGUUGCAGAAGAUGAUCAUGGAUGAGGAGAAACAAGAUGGCGUAUCCACCAAGUGCUGCAAGAAGUCAAUAAUGAGACUGCUGAGAAGCCUCUCCCGAGAGGGAAUGCUCAAAGUGUUAUGCACUACCAUCAUACAGGAUGGCAUCAGCAAAAAGGUAGAGUUUGUGGUCCAUCCCUCCAUCAGCCCAGACGAUCCCCUGGUGAGAAGUGCCAUCGAACAGAUCCGUUUCCGCAUCUCCAGCUCCUACUCGGCACACCGGAUGAAAGAGACUGAAGAGGAGGAAGUGAAGAACAAGGAGGCCCAGAGAGGGGAUGAACGUAGCAACAAGACAGACAGCCCCUCCAAAACCCCAAGGAGCAAAACAGAUGAGAAGAUGGGAAUCAAGCAGUUGAAGGACUUCAGGCCUUCCAUUGUUCCAGGUCUUGGUCGAUCCCGCGGUUUUCAACCUAAAAUGCUUCGCCUGAGGCUGGCACACUCGUUCCUGUGGUACCUCAUCUAUGGCCAUCCACUGAGGAGGUCCCCAGCCGAGAACAAGAGCACUGGGGAACAGGAGGCGGAACCAGGUCCCAUUGAAGCAGCCGGUCAGACUCCCGAAUCUACUGAGUCAUCAAAUCAGGCCCUGCCCUCUGGGGACAGGUCCAGCAGCAGGAACGCCAGCUCUGAAGAGAAAGCCUGUUCCCCUGAUCCGUGUUCGUCUCUGGUGCAGGGUGAGGAGGGCAGAGAGAUUGUGUACGUGGAUGACUUGUCCUGGAAACGGUACAUACCCCUGACACCCCUGCACAGAGAGUUUGGCUAUGGCUGGGCUCUCACCAGUGACAUCCUGCUCUCUCUUCCUCUCUCCGUCUUUGUCCAAAUCAUCCAAGUCAACUACCAGGUUGAUGGCUUGGACAUUUAUCUGAAUGACCCAGUGAAACAACACUUUCUCAUUAGAUUCCUGCCAGGGAAGAUGAAAAGGCAACUCUUGUAUAAAAGGAAGUACAUCUUUAGCGUUUACGAGAGCAUGCAGCGUUUGUGCUACAUGGGACUCCUGCAGUUUGGACCGACUGAAAAAUUCCAGGACAAAGAUCAGGUCUUUGUAUAUGUGAAGAGGAAAGGCACCAUCGUGGACACCACCACGUGCGAGCCCCACUAUAAUCUGGCCGUGUCAGCCAGGCCCUUUGAACGUCGAAGUUACACCUUCAACACCCUCCAGGAUGUUGAGAACUUCUGGUUUGACCUGCAGUGUGUCUGCCUCAACACACCUUUAGGUGUGAUAAGGUGCUCACGUUCAAAGCCAAGCCAAACCACUGAUGAGAAGGAGGGAGAGGAGCAACUUGACACCUCAGCGGCCAUGGAGCCAGAGCGGCCGGACCAGAAGUAUUCAAGAAUAGCAUACACGCUAAAGGGGAGUGCAGACGUGACAGACGAUGGUGUGAUUCCUGGGGACGGUCUGGGCGCAGGGGGGCUAGACUCCUGCUUCUUUGCUCACCUGAAGCGCAACUGGAUCUGGACAAGCUACCUCCUGUCCAAGCCCAAAAAGCCUGGCAGCACCUUAGAGAGUAACCCCACCCUCCGACUGAACAACCUCCUCACAAAGCAUUCCUUACCUCUGUCUAUGUGUGGUGGAAGUAAAGUGAAAUGCAGUACGGACUCCAAAGCACUGGUGGUGGAGGAGGAGGUCCAGAUCACCACCGAGCCCAGCAGCAGGAACAGCCGCGUCGUGGGCGGGAAGAAGCAGAAGCGCAAGAGACUGAAGACUGAGACGGUGAAGGAGCCGAGGAAGAGGAAAAGAGCGGGGAACCAGCAGGACAAGCGCAUCCGUCUCCCCUUCCAUGACGAGGCCGACCUGAUCGCUCUGAAGAGGAUGACUCGACAGCGCGUGGCCUGGACCCUGCAGGAAGACAGCCUUCUACUGCUGUGUCGUGUUGCCAGCCAUUUUCUCAAUCGCAAGAUUAGGAAACCCUUCGUUCCCUGGCAAGUGGUGCGUGACCUCCUCCACGCGCAGUUCGAGGAGUCCCUGGACAAGACCUCACUGUCGGUGGGCCGGCGAUCGCGCUACAUCAUGAAGAACCCACAGACCUACCUGAACUUCAGAAUAUGCCUGGCGGAGGUAUAUCAAGAUAAAUCCAUCAUUGAGGAAUUUCAAAACAGGCGCAACAACUAUGAGGACCCAGAGGUAUGUGCCUCUGAGUUCAAAGAAUUUGUGGCUGCGCUGAAGCAGAAGUUCAGCGAUGCUUCUGGGGACUGUGGUUUCGAUAUCCCAGACAGCAAAGAGGAGCUCUUUAAGAGGUUCAAGGUGUACGCCAUUGGAGAGGAAGUGGAGGAGAGCACAAAGGAUGACCUGACUAGUUAUGAAGACAUCCAUGCUCUGGUUCUCAAUAACUUGAUCCAGAGCACCCUGGUGCUGUCGAACUCACAGAUGAAAAUCUGUCGCUCCUUUCAGACCUUCCAUAUGUACAGCAGGUACAAUCAGGACGUUCUGUACCAGGCCUUUCUCAAGUGUCAGAGGCGGGGCCUUGUUAACCGCCGCCGUGUCCACAAGGUCUUGGGACCCAAGAAGAGCCGGGCACUGCCCUUUAUGCCCAUGUCCUACCAGCUGUCUCAGUCCUACUACAGGUGCUUCUCAUGGCGCAUCCCCAACACGAUCUGCACCGAGGCCUACCAGUUCCUGGAGAUGCUGUGGAGCGCAGGGAGGGAGGACAGGCCCAACACAUUCAUCUUCCAGGACCAGGAGAGUGCUGAGCCAGAGAGCGUAUCAGACUCGGUCCUCUUCCCCCUGGAUGCGUCUGGGGGCUCCUGCGUGGCCGCCCUUAGUCUCAUGAUAAUGGGCUUGCUUGCUGUGGACGUGUCCAUCCCUGAGCAGAUCGUGGUGGUGGACAGCACCAUGAUGGACAACGAGGUGGUGAAGAGCAUUGUGAAGGAUGUGGCAGACGAAGAUGAGGACGAUGAGGCAGAGGAGGUUGAAGGGAAGAGGAAGAUCGAGGUGAAGGCUAGGCAGGCCUCCCACACCAACUACCUGCUGAUGCGGGGCUACUGCGUCCCAGGCAUUGUCAGCCUGCGCAACCUCAACACCAAUGACAACGUGGUGGUCAACUCCUGCACCGUGAGGGUGAAGCUGCGCAGCAGCCCUGCCCAUGGCCUCUUCACCACCGCAUCCACCAGCGUGGUAGAUGACAUGCAGCGGGGAGAGGCAUGCCUGCCCAAGGCCUUCACCCGCCUGAUACGGCCCAGCAACGACUCCAGCCGCCUCAAGUGCUUCAGCGACUGGUGCAUCACCCAGUGUGGCUAUAGCACCGAGGACCUGCAGGCCGUGCUGGACAUCAGCAGCGCCAUUGAAGAGGCGCGUGCCUUUGGCUGCGACAGGCUGGAACUCAGCCACAGCUUUUCUGAGCUGGAGGAGACGCAGAACGGCAGGACCAGGAGCUUCCAGCAGUACAUGGAGGACCUCAUCAAUCUGGAGGAGGUUUUGGAGGUUGGAGGGAACUCUGUGCGCCUGGUGGCCAUCAAGUACGCAGACCCCUGGCUGCUCCACACCACCGAGAGACUGACCGCGAAGAGCAAGGGGUUCUACCCACAGCAGGCCACGCCCAGGAAAAGGAGCCUACAGCCAGCGGAGGAGGAGCUGACGCCGCCAAAGAAAAGAGCCACCAUGGAGGCUGAGGGGGAGGAGGCGAUAGAGCCGCACUGUACACAAAAACAAGCAGACACAGACGGCAUUCCCCCAGCAGAGGAAACCGUUCUCCCAGUGGAGGUAGAAGAGCCAACAACAAGCACUGCCCAAGAAGCUGUGAUAACAGCCCAAACCGAGGAGUUGUCUAAAGAAAAGGGACAUAAGGAGGCAGAGGGACAGGAGGGGCUGACGCAGGACACCACUUCUCUACCUAAUGACCCAGCUGCUCACUCCAGUGAGACUGACACAGCACAGUCUAAAGAUAAAGAUAGCAGCUCUCUCACAAGCAGCGUGGAUGAAAAGGUGAGCUUCGUGAGCCGGCCCUGGCGCAUUGUGGACGGGGGCCUCAACAGGCCGGUGUGUAAAGGGAUGCUGGAGUCCCUGCUGUACCACAUCAUGUCCAAGCCUGGAAUCACAGAGCCACUCCUGGUGGAGCACUACAAGGGUGUGCUGCAGCCCGUGGUCGUCCUGGACCUUCUGAAGGCUCUGGAGGAGAUGGGAUGUGUAUUGAAGAGAUACAUAAAAGGACAGCCCCGGGCAUCUCUCUUCUCUCCUGCCCAUAUUCCUGAAGUAAAGGACGGUGGGGUGAAGCUCAGAGACAAUGCCAUACCCUUCUAUGAGCCCACAGUGGACUGCUGUCUCAGGCUCGGUAAAAUCUUCCCUCAGGAGGCCAACUGGAACAAGUGGGUCCAUUUCAUCCACACCUGAGGGUACUAGGGACCAGCG